ACGAUAUAAAUCCUGUGGCUACAAGAGCAGGUCAGAGUCUGGAAAUACUGUGGUGGGUAAUUCACCGCCUGACUCCCCAAAUCCUGUCCACCAUCUACAAGGCACAAGUCAGGAGUGUGAUGGAAUACACCAAAAGUGCCUGGAUGGGUGCAGCUCCAACAACAUUAAGAAGCUCGAUACCGUCCAGGGCAAAACAACCUGCUUAGCUGGCACUGCAUCUACAAACGUCCCCUCCCUCCACCACCUAUGCUCAGUAGCAGCAGUGUGAACCAUGUACAAGGUGCACUGUGGAAAUUCAACAAAGCUUCUUCCAAACCCACGAUCUCUUCCAACUGGCAAGGUCACAGGGACACCACACCCUGCCUGUUCCCCUCCAAGUCACUUGCCAUUCUGACUUGGAAAUAUAUUACCAUUCCUUCACUGUCAAAAUCCCGAAAUUCCCUCCCACAUGACGUGGACUGCAGUGGUUCAAAAAGGCAGCACACCACCACCUUCUCAAGGGCAGCUGGGACUGGGUCUAACCAGCAAUGCCCAUACUCCAUGAUUGAAUUAGAUAUACCCAAAUAGAAUUGUAAAAUUAAUUCAUUGAUGCCAGGAACAGUUCCCAAUCCCAGAAAUAUUUCCUGAUCUCAGAGACAGCUCCUGAUGCCACCAAUGUUACCUGUUCCCAAACUUGGGAAUACCUGCUGACCAUGUUAAUCCCAGAAACCACCUUAUGCUAGGGGUAUACCCCAAUCCCAGUUAAAGCUCUAAGUCCCCGGGUUUUCCUGAUCCCCACAGAAACCCUCUAAUCUCAGGAUUACUGUCUGAUUCCAGAAAAAUCUCCCAAUUGCAACAAGAGCUCUCGAUGCCAGAAAUUCCCCAGAGCCGUUGCUUGAUUCCAAGGACAGGUCCCAAUGCCAGGGACAGCUUCUAAUCCCAGCUCACCACAUGAACUUCAGGUUGCUUUUCUGCCUGAGACUGUGAGGUGAUUAAAACCUGAAGGGAGCUGAUUCUGGAAUUCAAGGAAAGAAUGGGAACAUGAAAGGAUACAUUAACAAAUUGGGAAUGAGGGAAAAACGAGCUGGGAAUUGGUGGAGGAGAGGAAAACGAGCAGGAGCAGACUUUUGGCCUUCAAACGCAGUUGAAAUCCUCAUCUUAGCAACAUUAAAAUAUUUUAAUUGUAAUGUUUCUGACAGCUCACCAAGCAAGCUGUCCUUCCUGACAGAAUCUACAACAGCUGGAUAAUCUUGACUCUUACCACCUCCACCCACCCCCCCUGCCCAACUCUCCAUGUGGACUCUUCCUGUGGGAUGGUGUAUGUGAGAGAGAGAGAGAGAGAGAGAGAGGAAGAAACAGUGACUGUGGUACCCAGAUCUCUGAGCCUGCAUCCAGCAAGCAGUACCCUACAUCCAGCAGAGACUGUGGUAUCGACCCCUCUCUCAACAGUCAGGUAUAUCCCUGUCUUUGUGUGAUCAUCGAUCGCUCUUUGAUUUGGACUCCUACUUGUUCCCCUGGCUUGUUUCCUGCUUCCUCUCUGGACUCAGCUUCCAUUUGCUGUCCUGGGCCAGCUACUGCUUGUUCUCCAUCUUCAUCACUCUCCUUGUCCAAUUCCUGCCUGUUCCGCUGAGAUUCUCCAUCUGGAACCUGUGUUCCCUGUGACUACCUCACUCAAGUUUCACCCCUGGAUGUGACUGGCACGGUCAAACUUCCUGAAAGUACCCACACAUCUCCUGAGCCAGGUCGCUAUGGAUGACAACUUCAAAGACCGGACAGCCUUCAUCAGAGGGGCCAAGGACAUUGCCAAGGAAGUGAAGCGGCAGGCAGCUAAAAAGGUGGCCAAAGGUACAGACCGACUCCACGAUGAGUACAGUCGGCGCUCUUACACACGAUUCCAGGAAGAGGACGAUGACGAUGACUACCAGCCACAAUAUAGCUACUCAGGUGGAAACGAUGAAGAAGGAGGCUCGAGUGAUGCCACUGAGGGCCAUGAUGAGGAAGACGAGAUCUAUGAGGGGGAAUAUCAGGGCAUCCCCCAUGCCAACAAGAUGGCAGAUGACCACAUAGCAAGCACACAGCCCAUGGUGGAUGAUUUCAGGGACUAUGAGGAGAUGGAAGGUGAACGGGAGAAGGAGAAGGAACAGCUGGCCCAGCAGUAUGAGCUCAUCUUACAGGAAUGUGGUCAUGGCCGCUUCCAGUGGACUUUGUACUUUGUUCUGGGCCUGGCACUCAUGGCAGAUGGGGUGGAGGUCUUUGUGGUUGGGUUUGUGCUGCCUAGUGCUGAGAAGGACAUGUGUUUAUCUGACUCCAACAAAGGCAUGCUCGGGCUAAUCGUAUAUUUGGGGAUGAUGGUGGGGGCCUUCCUCUGGGGAGGUCUUGCAGACAGGAUGGGCCGCAGGCAGUGUCUGCUCAUCUCUCUUUCAGUAAACAGUGUCUGUGCUUUCUUCUCGUCCUUUGUGCAAGGAUAUGGGACCUUCCUGUUCUGCAGACUUCUCUCUGGUGUUGGAAUUGGUGGUUCUAUUCCCAUUGUGUUUUCUUACUUCUCGGAGUUCCUCGCCCAGGAGAAGCGAGGGGAGCACCUGAGCUGGCUUUGCCUGUUCUGGAUGAUCGGAGGAAUUUAUGCCUCAGCGAUGGCAUGGGCCAUCAUCCCUCACUACGGCUGGAGUUUCCAGAUGGGAUCAGCAUACCAGUUCCACAGUUGGCGAGUCUUUGUUCUUGUCUGUGCCUUUCCUUCCGUCUUUGCGAUUGUGGCCCUCAACUUCAUGCCUGAGAGUCCUCGCUUCUACCUAGAGAAUGGCAAACACGAUGAGGGCUGGAUGAUUCUCAAACAGGUUCAUGACAUCAACAUGAGGGCCAAAGGCUUCCCGGAACGGGUCUUCUCUGUAACGCACAUUAAAACCCCCAAACAGCUGGAUGAACUGAUCGAGAUCCAGUCAGAUACAGGCACUUGGUACCGACGCUGGCUAGUCCGCUUCACCAACAUCUUUCAGCAGGUUCGGAGCAACUUCCUGCAGUGUUUCUCAAUCCAGUACCGCCGUACAACAUUCCUUAUGAUGGCAGUUUGGUUCACAAUGGCCUUUAGUUACUAUGGUCUGACAGUGUGGUUCCCGGACAUGAUCAAACAUUUGCAGAUGAUGGAGUACUCCUCACGCACUAAAGUCUUCUACAAGGAGAAGGUUGAACAUUUCACCUUUAACUUUACACUUGAAAAUCAAAUUCACAAGAAUGGUGAUUACUACAACGACAAAUUUAUUGGGAUGAAGCUGAAAUCAGUGAUAUUCGAGGACUCCCUGUUUGAAGAAUGUUAUUUUGAAGACAUUACCUCGAGUAACAGUUUCUUCAAGAACUGCACCUUUAUCUCAACACUCUUCUACAAUACAGAUUUCUUUGACUAUAAGUUGAUGGGCUGCCGUCUGAUAAACAGUACGUUCUUGCACAGUAAGGAGGGCUGUCAGCUUGACUUCAGCGAUGAUAACAAUGCCUACAUGAUCUACUUUGUUAGCUUCCUGGGAUCUCUAGCUGUACUGCCUGGAAACAUAGUGUCUGCUCUUCUCUUGGACAAGAUCGGUCGGCUUAGGAUGCUGGCUGGCUCCAGCACACUCUCCUGCAUCAGCUGUUUCUUUGUGUCCUUUGGUAAUAAUGAGUCUGCAAUGAUCGCACUGCUCUGUCUAUUCGGGGGAGUCAGCAUUGCUUCAUGGAACGCACUCGAUGUCAUUACAGUGGAGCUCUAUCCAUCUGAUAAGCGGACCACAGCCUUCGGAUUUCUCAAUGCUCUGUGUAAGCUGGCGGCCGUACUGGGCAUCAGUAUAUUCCAAUCCUUUGUGGGGGUCACCAGAGCAGUGCCCAUCAUAUUGGCCUCUGUUGCCCUGGCAUUGGGCAGUUACCUGGCUCUAAAACUCCCAGAGACUCGUGGCCAGGUGCUGCAGUGA